AUUACUACUCUCUCUUCUUCAGUUCCUCUGGUCGCCGUUCUUAACCUCAACUCUCGCCGACCCAACAAAAACACCAAAACGACAUGUCGUCAAAAUCAUAUACCACGAUUCACUUCACUCUCCAUGCUACAAUCCAAAAUCCACUCCCACCAAACGCGCUCUUCGCGCUUCAAAACCUCGCUGAACCGUUUCAUCAUCUUAGCAGAAAAAUCAAACAACAGUCACAUCGCCGCCACGGACGACACCCGAGCCGACGUCUUUGCAGAGGACAGCUCGACACAGUUUAUGGCCAACUUCUCAUUCGGGGACCCAGCAGUUGCGCAUCUCCUGACCAUGGACACGGGCAGUAAUCUGUUGUGGAUCCAAUGCCUUCCUUGCACCAAAUGUUUCGGCCAAUCAAGUCCUUUAUUUGACCCUUCCAAGUCCUCCACAUUUACGGCUUUGCCAUGCUCUUCUCCCUCUUGCACCGUCUUACAGCCUGAACACAAAUACGAUCUCUCCGACAACUGCAAGUUCUCUCAUGGAUACUUAGAUGGAACCUUAGCCAACGGACUUCUCGGAACCGAAAUGCUUACCUUCGAGACUUCCGACGACGGACUAAGUACGAUCAACGACGUCGUUUUUGGCCGUGCUCACAAUAACGACGGUUUCAAUGGCCAACCCAGUGGAAUACUCGGUCUUGGACCUCCCAAUCUCUCCUUAGCAACUAAAUUGGCUUCCAAAUUCUCUUACUGCAUAGCAAAUAUAAGAGACCCUAAUUACAGCUAUAACCAGUUGAUUUUAGGAGACGGUGAGAAAUUCGAAGGCGAUUCAACUCCAUUGGAGGUUUUCAACGAGCUUUACUAUCUAAACCUCGAAUAUAUCAGUGUGGGUGGAAAAAAACUCGAUAUCGAUCCCGAAACGUUCAGAAGAAAGCCGUCGGGAGACGGUGGAACUGUGAUCGAUAGCGGGAUGACGCUGAGCUUCGUUGCUAAAGCUGGGUAUGAAGCUUUGAGUGGUGAAGUUGAGAAGUUGAUGGAUGGAUUCGUGAAGCGAGUGAUGGAAACUGAUAUUCCUACGGCUCUUUGCUAUAAGGGGGUCAUAAGCAGAGACCUCGUGGGGUUUCUCGAGGUUAGUUUCGGAUUCUCAGGUGGUGCUGAACUGAGUAUGGGGACGGAGAGCCUGUUUGAGGAAUAUGGAGAAGGUGAGUUUUGCAUGGCUGUGCAUGAAUCCAUGAGCAAAAGUGAUUUGACUGUCGUCGGGAUUAUGGCUCAACAGGGUUAUAAUGUUGCUUACGAUGGUGUUGGCAUGACUGUUUCUUUUCAGAGUAUUGAUUGUCAACUUCUAGAGGGAUAGAUCAUAGUGUGUGACUUUUCAUUUUUCUUGUUAAUUUAAGGUUGUCAAUUUUAUUUUA